AUGAUCCCACCGACUGUUGUGAUUGUUGGCGCUGGCCUAGGGGGCCUCUCGUGUGCGAUUCAGUGUAGACGCUGGGGAUUGCGUGUGCAUGUGCUUGAGCGAGCGCCGAAGAUUUUACAGAUCGGGGCUGGGAUUCAAAUUCCUCCAAAUGCGGGCCGGGUGUUGGCCACCUACGGGGUUCUCCCGGAGAUCCGAAAGAAGGCAAUUCAGGUGGAGAGCUUGGGGUUAAGACGAUAUGCAGACGGGUCACUGCUAACAGAGCGGCCUUUGGGGGAGGAGUUUCGAGAUGCUAUGGGUGCGCCGUGGCUAGUUGUUCAUCGUGCAGACUACCACGAUAUUCUCUUGAAAGAGGCAGAGCGACUUGGGGCCGUGGUUGAGCUCGACGCUGAGGGUGUAGACGUUGAUGUAUCCGAAACCAAGGUGACGCUGAGAUCGGGAAAAGUGAUCGCUGGUGAUGUGAUUGUGGGUGCCGAUGGCCUCUCGUCCGUCGUCCGGGACAAGGUCCUUGAAACCCCAGUCGCGCCAUUCGAGACAGGGGACCUGGCUUAUCGAGCAACAUUUUCGCUAGAGCAGUUGCAAGCUCUCAACGAUCCAGAAAUAGAAAAGCUAUGUCAACGACACACUGUCACUCUAUGGAUGGGACCGGACAGACACUGCGUUUUCUAUCCCAUUCGUAACGGGAAGGAGUACAAUCUAGUCCUUCUGCGCCCUGAUAAUCUUCCUACCAAUGUGAGAACGACGCAGGGGGACCUCGAUGAAAUGAAAGAAAGCUUCACCGGAUGGGAUGAGGUGGUAACAAAUAUAGUUUCAUGCGUCCCUUCUGUACUAAAAUGGAAGCUCAUGCACCUCCAAGAACUUGACUGUUGGCAAAAGAACUGCACAACUCUCAUCGGCGACGCCUGCCACCCUACACUCCCAUACCAAGCCCAGGGGUCCGCUAUGGCUGUGGAGGACGGGGGUGUCCUUGGGCUCCUGCUUGGAAUUGCCCAUGCGCGUCUUGGAGGCAAGCUGCCUGCAGAUCGAAUCAAACAGAUCCUGUCGCUCUUCGAAAACCUGCGCAAGCAUCGUACUACCGUGAACGUACAAGGUGCCGUUCACAACCGAUGGUUCUAUCAUUUGCCCGACGGCGAAGAGCAGGCCAAAAGAGACAAAGUGCUAAAAGAAGUCAAUUGGGCCCAGCCAAAACCAGGUCCAUAUGAAUGGGCUUCUUCAACCUAUCAAGACCAGCUCCUUGGGUAUGAUGUGCUGCGGGAAGCUGGGAAGGUUUUUGAGACUUGGUGGAAGGAUAUUGAAAAUGGAGAUGGACGCUAAUACGGCCUGAAUUUCAUCUUUUACAUUCAUUUUACUAUAGUAGCCUUAUUCUGAGAAAAUGCUUAUUCUUCAUUCAUUCAGUCAGC